GUAUAAAAGAUGUUAAUCUAUUGGUCUUUAAAUAAUUUCCCACCAUACUGUCUCAUAUAUCCCUAUAUUUUGGAAAUUAGAUGAUUAAGCAACAUUAUUUUGGGUUUCAGCUCUAUAAAAUAAGUGUCUUGCUUCAUAUUUAAGCUACAAUUGAAAAACCCCAUAUUUUUAUCUACGUUUAAUCCUCACUUCCUCAAAUUUCUGGAGUUUCUUGAACAUUUUAUCAUAUCCAAGUUUUUUUUGCUUAAAUCAUGGUGGAUAAUGCAUGUACUGAGCACCCAUUAUUUGGCGGGGCAAUAUCAAUGACCUUUCCUGAUAGAUUCCAGGAUUUGAGCAAUGUACGGGAAGUUCCUGAUCAUCAGGAAGCGUUUGCUGAUCCUUGUCGAGACGAAAGUCUCAUUGUUGAAUUGUUAGAGUUGAAGCAAGAGGUUGCUGAUGAAGGUAGUGCUGUGUGGUUUCUUCAAGACCUUGCUAGGGAACAGGAUGCUGAAGGCGGUAUGUUGAUUGAGCAAUCAGGAGUAUUAGAGGUUCCGGGAUUGUGCUACAGAAGUACACCUGCAGUCGUCACCAGUGCUGUUGGCCAAAUGGCCAUUUCUAAGGGACGUCAAGGAAGAGAGGCACAAAAUAUAGCAAGGGUUUAUUUGGCCAAUUUGCGUCUUAAGGAAGUUGGCACAGAUAUCUUGAUCACUGCCUAUGAGCCUGUUGUUAUUAGUCCGUUCAGUGAGAGUGCUGGUACCGUUGGUGCUGGAGUAGUAUCACCCGCUGAACAAUCUGGAUGUAUGCCAAUGGCUGAGGUCUUCAAGCUUUCUGUUUCUAGAUUCAAAGUCAAUGAUUGGAGCCUCUUUAAUGCUUGAAGAUGUUAUUUUUAGUAAAUAGCACUGGUGCACUUUCGUAUGAAGUAGUUUGUAGAUGUGAAAUGAUAAUUUGUUCGAUGUCAUCAAAUAGAAUUUUGCUACCAGAAGGUUAAUACUUGGAAAUUGUCAAUCAUUUACCUCAUAUCUUGUAUGAUAAACUAACUGCGAUAUAAUAAUACAGAGAUUGUUUUGCUCCCUUGCA